AAUAAACGUUAAAAAAAAAAAAAGUAAAAAAAAAAAGUAACACUGUUUUCAUCUGACCAAAUUUUUAAUAUCUAUCCAAGGACUUUAAGCUAUGUCCAUCUUCUAAUUGUUUUUCUAAAAAGAAGAAUGUGUUAGAUGUGUUAGAAAUUUGACAAUGAAGUUCAUCAGAGUAUUGUUUAUGAUCUUGAAAAAUUGGAAACAUUCCACUGUCUAAUGAUUCAGGGCAUUAAGAAAACUAGGGUAUAUUUCUGUGAAUACUACUGAAUCCUUAAUAUAUUGUAAUUGUUGGCUGUUUGUUGACAUAAGAAAAAUGUUCAAAAUUUAAAAAGCAGAUUUUAGAACUGUUUGAACAGUAUCCAUUGAGGGCUCCACAGUUUCUCUAAAGGAAACUUUCAGAGGCAGCGGUGUGGCUCAGAGGGUAGCGGCUGGAAUCAGGCCCUUUGUUUCUACAACUGUGUGUUCAUGUGAGGGGGGCUUGGGGACCCUGGUAGUGACUGUGGGAGAUAGGGCAGCUAACGAUCACAAAGUCACACUUUUUUUAUAAAAAGCAAACAAAACAUAGAAACCUAAGGGUAUGUAGUGUGGGGGGGGGGGGUGUGCACGCGUGCAUGCAUGUGUGUGUGUCAAAAGCAGGAGCAUAAAAACCAAAAUAUGACAAAUUUUUUGAGUGUGGGAGGGUUCAGGUGAUUUCUUUUUCUCCUUCUGUAUCUGCAUAUUCCACAUUUUGUGAUUGAAAGCGUAUCACAUGUAAUCAGAAAUAAACAUUUACUGAAAUACAGACGAAUAGGACAGUGGCCCUGGUCUCCUCAGUGAUACGCUGGUUACCAUAUACUUGGCUGAGUCCUGUCACUGUGUGUGCUCUCAGCCACCCAGGUUCUAGAAGAAGAGGAAAGCCAGGAGGGCUUUCCAAGGGAGUUGACCUAUGGACUGAAUAUUGAAGGAUGGGUAGGAGGAGAUGGGGUGGGCAGAGAUAUUCCCAGAAAAGGAAUCUGCCAGUGCGAAGGUGUGCAGGCACAUGCGAGAUGGAAUAUUAGAGAUGCUCUGAGGGGGUCGAAGGAUGAGAACCAGACGCUAUGAGAGGCCUUUCCCUGUAGUAUCUGCAUCCAUAUCCACAGUAGCCGGGGCAGGGCAGGGCUCUAACCCUGCGACGUCCCACACUCCACAGGAAGGCCUUUGGACUCUGCCCUGAGGACCUAACGAACCAUUCCUUAGGAUGGGAGGCUGAUGCUCAAAUCUGUUCUCAGCAAAUUUGCACACUUCCCGCGCAAUAAGUACAUUCAAGCCCACCACCCAGUGGGCAGGAUCAGCCAUGCCCUUCCUUCAUGAAGCUUCUUCCCUGGUUUCCAACUGAACUGCCUUCCACCAAGAAGCUUCCCAGGGUGGCCUGGCCCAGCCUCGUCUCUCAAAUAUCCCACAGUUGACUCAGAUCCCACAGCAGGGGCUGGGAACAACAGGGCCAGAGAGUCUAAACUUCUCGUUCCACAUCGAUGACACACGCGUUUGCCGAGGACCCACUGUGGGUGGGGCGUGCACUGGGCACCGUGAGUGUAAGGAGGGAGAACAGACAUGGCCCCUGUGGACUUUCACGUCUUCUAAAGGACGAGCAGUCUUGGAUGCCCUUAUAGUGCCCAACAUGGAGGACCUCCAUAAAGACCUGAAUCCUCCUUGGAGAGUCGUAUCAGUGACAGCUAAUGGGGGGGGAGGGGGUACAGGAGGACCAGGCCACCAAGAGGAUGGGCAGGGAUGCGUCCUACCCCCACCCUCCUCACAGAACCUGGUGCAGUCAGGGCCCGGCUUCCUGUGCAUCUCACAGGACAUCCAGAGCUGCCGACCAGGCUCUAGGCCUCACACUCAGGAUCUCCUUUGGAGGCUGAUCACCGCCUGUUUUAUAAAUCGGAGAAAUUAAGAAACAUGCCCAAGCAGACGCUGUUCACGGGUGACAUGAAGGGGCCCUGAGCCUACCUCUGACCAGGUUCAGAGUUCCAGCUCCUAAUUCGGCUCAGAAUCUUCUCUGUGUCUGAACAGCCUGUUCAGACCCAGCCUCAAAUGUGGGCCACAUCAUUAGUUUUCACAUGUUUUCUUUGCCGUUGCUAUUUACAUAGCCCCUACAACAGCAGUUUGGUAGAAUUAAAAUUGGUCUUGUUUGGAUUCCAAUCAGCAAGACUGCAGAUGUCAUAAGCACUUACUGAGCUCCACUUGUAGGUUGUACAGACACAAAGGUUUUUUUAAAUAUUUAUUUUGAGAGAGAGAGAGAGAGAGGGAAUGAAUGAAUGGCAGAGAGGAAGGGAGAUAGAGAAUUCCAAGCAGGCUCUGUGCUGCCAGUGCAGAGCCCAAUGCGGGGCUCGAUCACACAAACCAAAGGUCAUGACCUGAGCCGAAAUCCAGAGGCGGAUGCUUAGCCAACUGAGUCACCCAGGCGCCCCCCCCCACAAAUUUUAAAACAACACUUUAAGAUCAAUGUUACUGGAUCAAAUGUGCAUGGAGGAACACUAAGACCCAGAGAUGUGAAGUGAUUUGCUGGAGGACCUGGAAAUUCAACUAGGUCUAGUUGUUGAAUUGUUCUAGGUUGUUCUAGCUCCAAAGGCCUUCGGCUUUCCUCUUCCCUCUACCCCGCUCCCAUGGGGCAUGUGCAUUUUCUUAGUUUGCACCAAGCAGCAAGGAAAUUCAGCCGAGGGUUUCUCCUGACAGUUUUAAGGAACUCUAAGCAUAACGUUGCGUGCAACGUGGUUGGCGGUCUCGGGUGAAGAAAGCUCACGUGCACGUUGGAGGUGCAGGAGCCAAACCAUGAAGUUUCAGAUUCUGCCUCUGCCACUGACCGCCUGGGAAACGAGGUCAAAUGGGUAAAGAUUAGCCCAGUGCCUGGGAAUUACGAGCACACCGUAAACACGGGUGUCAGAAACAUGAUGUCGCAAAAGCACCCGCCACAGUGGGUGGCACAGGUGGACCCUUAGGAGGCAGCGGGGGAGGGGGUGUCGGUGAGUGUAUGGGCAGAGCGAGGCAGUAUGGGGAAGGUGCAGCAAACCCUCAUGGGGAGAGAGAAUGGGAAAUCCCUUUAGGGGUUGGAGGAGACACUUCCGAGGAGAAAAUUGGGGGAGAGGGGAUUCAUGCAGCUCUUGUUGAAGGGCGAGAGACACCAAAGGGGCAGAGCGAAGGACAGACACCCAGGACAAAGAGAUAGAUGGGGUUCUGGUGGUCUGUGGCAUUGGCUAGGACCUCUGCUGCGUGGUAAAAAGGGUGUGUGUGUGUGUGUGUGUGUGUGUGUGUGUGUGCGCGCGCGCGCGCGCGCGCGCGCACACGCACGUGAAAUGUCCUACCAAGUGAGGUAACCUUGCAUAAUACAUACAUACAGGCCCAACAAGGAGAGAGGCACCUUGGACUGGGGACAGCUCAGACUGCCCAGAGGGAACACGUGACUUACCCAAGUGGCUGAAUUUACUCCUGAAAGACAGACAUGACUUGUCACCCACGUCGUAGACUCCACCUGGGUUUUCAGUCCUGUCUUGUUCAGAUGAUAUUCUGUUUAAGUAACAGCAUGUGCCCGUCACUCCCCAGACACCCCUGAGAAAAUUAAAUGAUCAUCUUGUGACACAGUCCCCGUGCACACAUUUCUAGAAGACCAGAGAACCCCAGCUGCUCUGAAAUGAUUAUUGAAACAAUUGGGUAAGACAGUUUUAGAAGCAUCACCGGACAGGAAAUACCUCUCCUACAUUGACUUGGGUAGUUAAAAUAGAAAAAGGAGUGGGGACAGAUAGAAAGUGACAAGUCCAGAAGAAAACCAAAAUCACAAGUUUUAAUUCAGUAAUUUCAAAAAUAGCCAUUGGAAGGUGUCUAUUUUCAAUCGAGACUACUCCCUUCAGGGGAUGUUUGGAGGAGUAUCUGCGAAAGAGAUCUUUUUUAAGUUCAGUCACUUGUAAGGGUUAGUCCUUGUCCCGGAUUUGCUCAGAUUCCCGCGUCCUUUUUUUUCUUUCUCUGGAAUUCCAUAGACAGUAAUUAAGGAACUGGAGGCCAGCGGGAGGUCAGGGAGCCUUCGUCAGUGAAAACAGGGAUUGUUUGCCACGUACAACACUCCCUUUUUUCCUUGUGGUGAAUAGGAGAUUUGCUUAGAGCUGAUGACUUAUGCCUUUCUUACAAGUUAUGCAGUUAGCAAGUAACUGGGGAAUCAGUCAGCAGGCAGAAAGCAGCUAAUUGAACCCAGUGUCUUCACUUUUUCCUCCUUCGGAUGCUAAGCCGUGCUGGUGGCGCCUGUCUGAUCAUGUAACUCCAAAGGAACAUGUUUGAGGAGUGCCUGAUCCUCACUUUGAGAUCACAGAGUUGACGGAACAGGAGUGAAGACGCGCUCAACGUGGGGAGGGGGCGGGGGGACCAGACGUGCUCGAAAUUGCCCCUUAGGCCUGCUAAAUGCCGAAGCCGUCAAGAGAACAAUCGGAUGAUGAGACUGAGGAGUCGGUGAAGUUUAAAAGAUUACACAAGCUGGUCAGCUCCACUCGCAGAGUGAGAAAGAAACUAAUCAGGGUGGAAGAAAUGAAAAAGCCCAGCACCGAAGGCGGGGAGGAGCAUGUGUUUGAGAAUUCCCCAGUUCUGGAUGAGAGGUCCGCCCUUUAUUCUGGAGUACACAAGAAGCCAUUUUUCUUUGAUGGCUCUCCUGAGAAACCUCCAGAAGAUGAUUCAGACUCUCUCACCACUUCUCCAUCAUCCAGCAGCCUGGAUACCUGGGGAGCCGGCCGGAAGUUGGUCAAAACCUUCAGCAAAGGAGAGAGUCGGGGCCUGAUUAAGCCCCCCAAGAAGAUGGGGACGUUCUUCUCCUACCCAGAAGAAGAAAAGGCCCAGAAGGUCUCCCGCUCCCUAACUGAGGGGGAGAUGAAGAAGGGUCUCGGGUCCCUGAGCCAUGGGGUAAGUACGGAUGGUGUUUGCUUCUAUGACCACCAGCGACGUAGGCACCACCUUCUAGUGUCCCUGGAGGAGGUUCAGAGUGUCCGGAAGCAAAUCCGCCUGAAGAAAAUGGAUACUAAUUAUUCAUGUUCCAGAGCUUUUCUCUGCCAGCGUCCCUCCAGAAAAGGAGUCAACAGUGUGACCUGUGACCUGCUCCGGCAGAAACCCAAAGGGGGAGGGAGCUGCGGCAUCCCCAGCAGGAGGGCGCGCGGGCGCCCCUCGGUCAGCGAGUUCAAUAUCACCUACGUGGUGGAGCGGAGCCUGUACAGCCACCUGAACCUGACCCAGCUAGUGCGGCCUGCCUCGGACAGGACCCUGAGCAAGGCCGAGAGACAGGACCUCAGGCGGUGCCUGCUGGAGGAGGAUGAGGAGACCAAGAGGAAGUGGGCCGCCACGGUCGACCGCUGUACUAAAAGGGUUCUCUUGAGAAUCCACCAGAAGUCCAGAACCUGCAGUUUUGGAGGAUUUGACUUGACGAAUCGUUCUCUACACAUUGGCAGCAACAGUUCGGACCCAAUGAGUAAAGAAGGAGAUUUUGUGUACAAAGAAGUUAUCAAAUCACCCACGGCCUCCCGCAUCUCUCUUGGAAAAAAGGUGAAAUCCGUGAAAGAGACAAUGAGGAAGAGAAUGUCUAAAAAAUACAGCAGCUCUGUCUCUGAGCAGGACUCGGGCCUGGAGGGAAUGCCCGGCUCCCCUCCGUCUUCACAGCCUGAUGGUGAACACAUGGACAAACCGAAGCUCAAAGCCGGAGGUUCUGUCGAGAGUCUGCGGAGUUCUCUGAGUGGCCAGAGCUCGAUGAGUGGUCAGACCGUAAGUACCACGGAUUCCUCAACCAGCAACAGGGAGAGUGUCAAGUCAGAAGACGGUGAUGAUGAGGAACCCCCCUACCGGGGCCCCUUCUGCGGGCGCGCCAGGGUGCACACCGACUUCACGCCGAGUCCCUAUGACACGGACUCACUCAAGCUCAAGAAAGGAGACAUCAUCGACAUAAUCAGCAAGCCACCCAUGGGCACCUGGAUGGGUCUGUUGAACAACAAGGUCGGCACAUUCAAGUUCAUCUAUGUAGAUGUGCUAAAUGAGGAAGAAGAGAAGCCCAAGCGCCCCACCAGGAGGAGGAGAAAAGGAAGACCACCCCAGCCCAAAUCUGUGGAGGAUCUCCUUGAUCGGAUCAACCUGAAAGAGCACAUGCCCACUUUCCUGUUCAAUGGGUAUGAAGACCUGGACACCUUUAAGCUCCUGGAGGAGGAAGAUUUGGAUGAGUUAAAUAUCAGGGACCCGGAACACAGGGCUGUUCUCUUGACGGCGGUGGAGCUGUUACAGGAAUAUGACAGUAACAGCGACCAGUCGGGAUCCCAGGAGAAGCUGCUUGUCGACAGCCAGGGCCUGAGUGGAUGCUCUCCACGAGACUCCGGGUGCUACGAGAGCAGCGAGAACCUAGAAAAUGGCAAGACUCGGAAGACCGGCCUUCUCUCUGUCAAGUCGUCAGUGGAGUCCAGCUUUAAGUCCUUCAACAGGAAUCAGCUGGGCAACUACCCAACCCUGCCUUUAACAAAGUCCGGGGAUGCGCUGAAGCCCGGGGAGGAAGGCAGGCUGGGCAGCAGUCUCGCCCCUCACACCUCCAAGUGCUGUGACCAGCCAUGUGUGACUGGUCUGAACAAAAACCGAAGAAGCCUGCCCGUUUCCAUCUGUCGGAGCUGUGAGACCCUGGAGGGCCCCCAGCCCGUGGAAACUUGGCCCAGAUCCCAUUCCCUGGACGACCUUCAAGGAGAGCCUGCUGCUGAGAAGGAUGUGCCCGGCGAGGUGACAGAACCCUCCCCUCAGAUUGUACCACAAGUGCCACAAAAGACAACCCCCUCCAUCACAAAGGUUCAAAGCCCCAAACGAGAUCCUGCUGUUGACAAUGCACUGCUACUGACCCAAAGCAAGAGAUUUUCUGAACCUCAGAAGACAGCUAAGAAACUAGAUGGUUCCAUAGCGGCCUCCUCCCGUGGCACAUCACCUCCUCCGUGUUUGCCCAAAAACUAUGAUGCUCAGCCUUCUGGAGUUAAACACGGUUUAACAAGGACACCUCUCGAGGGUCACAGGAAAGGACUCGAGUCUGAAGGAACGCAUCAUCCCGCGGGCACCAAAGAAGGCCUAGAUGCCGAGCAGAGGGGCCCCGAGGCAAGAACGCAGGCCAGACAUCCCUCCCAGCCUCCACCUGUUCCCGCCAAGAAAAGCCGAGAACGCCUGGCCAACGGACUCCACCCCGGCCCUCCCGGUCCCGACGCACCAAGCCUGCCCGCUAAAAAAGGCAGCCCCAGUGACUGUCACUCACCUCAGGCUCCUAGGCCUCCCUCGGCACAGGAGCCCGGCAGCCCACCCAGCUCGAGGCCGCCGCCCUGGCUCUCAGAGCUCCCGGAGAGCGCCAGCCUCCAGGAGCAUGGCGUGAAGCUGGGCCCAGCUCUGACCAGAAAGACCUCCUGCGCCCGGGGAGUGGACCUGGAAACACUCACUGAGAACAAGUUGCGAGCUGAAGGCAUCGAUCUCACUGAGGAGCCGUACUCUGAUAAGCACGGCCGCUGUGGGAUUCCCGAAGCCCUGGUGCAGCGAUAUGCAGAGGACCUGGAUCAGCCCGAGAGGGAAGUUGCCACCAACAUGGACCAGAUCCGCGUGAAGCUGCUUCGGAAGCAGCACCGCAUGGCGAUCCCAAGUGGUGGACUCACAGAAAUCUGUAGAAAGCCCCUCUCUCCCGGAUGUGUCUCGUCUGUGUCAGAUUGGCUGGUUUCCAUCGGUCUGCCCAUGUAUACCAGCGCCCUCACUGAAGCCGGGUUCAGCACAUUGGGCCAAGUGCCUUCUCUGUCCCACACUUGCCUUCAGGAGGCCGGCAUCACAGAGGAGAGACACAUAAGCAAGCUUGUGUCUGCAGCCAGACUCUUCAAACUGCCACCAGGCCCCGAGGCCAUGUAGCCAGGCCCAUCAUGGAGCUCCCCGGACAAGAGCCACCCUUUCACUGUGCUUAGGAUGCUAAUGCAAUCCCUCCUCCUUGGGACCUGCAGACCAGAUCCAGAAGAAAGGCCCAGUGUAAGGCCGACCGGAGCACGAAACCUCGGCACAGGACUGAUGACCCUCUCUUCUCCAGAAGAGCCCCCCUCGAGGAAACUGGUGUGGUUCUCUUUGACUCCCCCAAAGAAAAGACAAGCACUAACUUUUAUUUUCAGAACACAAAAGAACCAGGAUGCCAGCUCGCCGCCCAUGCUGUGCCUCCAAUCUGUCUUGGUGUGCUGGCAGAGGGAGGGGGCAGCCGCUGUCGUUUCUGAGAAUGCCCUUGCCUUGCUGUCUGUCACCCUGCGGGAUGCCUGAGGGCAGGCGGGUAUUGGCCAGGCCAAAGUAACAGACCCAGGAGUUACUGUACGCCAUUGACUAUGCUUGUUUAUUCAAAAGUAAGAAAAUCUGGCUGCAUUAGGAAAAAAAAAAAAGUCCUAUUCUCCUUUCAGUAAACAAGAGACAUUUUAAUAAUUGCUUUCUAGCAAUCAGCUUUUAUUUGCCUUAAUAUAAGCUUUUAAGCAGUUAUCUGGUGUUCACCACCCUGUAACCAUAGUUCCAGAUCUUCAGCCUAGACUGCCAUCUAACAUACCAGAGAUGUUUUCAGCAAAAAAAAAAAAAAAAGAAAAAAGAAAAAAAAGAAAAGAAAAAAAAGAAAAAAAAAAAGGGCUUUUCUAAUUGCCUCACUCUAACAUGGCUUAAUUUGUAGGGGUGUUUGUCAGGCACAAACUUCAUGUUGGCUUUCAGUUUUUAAACUAACCACAAAUCCAGUAAAAAGCUAUCUGAAACUCACAGAUCAGGUGUGUAUGUGAGCGUGCAUGCAUGUGUGUCCGUGUGUGAGCGCGUGUGUAUAGAAACUACCUUCAUUUUAAAUCAGUUUUGUUUUGUUUACGAUGUUGGUCACCAUGCUGCAGUAUUGACUUUGACUCCCGACCACGACCAUUCCAGAAUUCACUCAUCAGCUAACAGGUCACCUUUGCAAAGCCACCGUAAGGUUGAAUAUUUCAGAAAGAUGCUUUUAAAAGGGAAGUAGUUUAUAAGAGAUUUUUAAGGUUUUUUUUUUCUACUUUUAUAAUUAAGGUACUGUUUUCCUCCCUUUAUUGAGAUCAUUCUUUUAAUUCAAAUAAUAGUUCAUUCUGGAGCCAGACAAAGCACGUUAGCCAUGUAUUAAGUAUUUGCCAUUUUCAGUUGUUUUCCUACUGAUUAGAGCAUUUACCGUUCUCUUUUAGUUUGGUGUCUGACUUUUCUAGCACACAGAAAUUUAGGCAACUAAUUUAAGGUUUCCGUCGCUUACUAAAUGAAUUUCCUCCACAUUCUUAGUCAUGAGAACUAUUCUAAGCAUUGAAUGUGAUCAUUGACAACAAACACUUUGAAGACAAAGCCUUGAUCAAAAGCUCUUAAACAUUUCAUCUCCUCGUUAAAACGAUUCCCCCGGGGGGGGGGGGGGGGUAACUUCACUCAUUACAAAGCCAUCUUCAGCAUUUGCUCUAUGUACUUGGAUCCGUGUUUCUGAGGAAAAGGAUGUUCUCAGGUUAUAUAUUUUUUUCGCGCUUUGGUAUACAUUUAAAAAAAAUACGUUUCUUCAAUAGUAUUCACCUUCUACAAGACGCCAUGUGAAAAAGUUGUGGAAAUGCAGAAUAAAAAGCUAAAAGCUGCCAACUUUCUACCGAGAUCUGAAAAACAGCCCAUUUUUGCCAUCUCGGGUUGUGCACACAGCCCACGUGGAAUGUGACGAUACCGUCGAACUGUAGCGCUUGUGCUGUGGUGGAGACAGGUGCAGGGACACGGAGCCUCGGCAUGACAUUCUGAGAUCCUGCUCAUAGUGUAAGCCGACCACACACAAGUCACACAACAGAUAACAGAGGAGGAGGGGUCAUCUGUGAAUUUCCCAGUGUUAGUUCAUUUUCAGUGUCAGAUUUUCAUUUAAGUAAAAGUGGCACCAGAAAAGGGAAUGUUCUGGAGUUCUUGAAAAUGCCAAACCCUAUUUUUGUCAUUCUUCUUUGGAAAUCAUUGCCUUUGCGUAGAAAAAUCAAAUUCAGGGACCAUGAAUGAUUUUCAGUGGGAAGAUCUUCCUAACCUGAGGGGUCUGAGAUUUUUACUUUAUCGUGCUUUUAAAAAAAAAAAAUUUUUUUUUUUGUUAUUGUUAGUAUUUGUUUGGUCUUUUGCUUUAAACUUUUAAUUUGAUCCUAGAAAAGCCUGAAUGUUUGUGUGUGACAUUUGACUAAGGUGGUUUAGGGACCGCGUGUCAGAAGACAGGUAGGUAGGUGUUAGGCGCCAGCAAUAUCCGGUUUUAAUCAAUUGCACUUGGUACAGAAUGUUGAGGAAGGGUUUAAAGUGUCGUCUUUGGAAAGCACAAAAGAAACCUGGAAAGGCAGUUUGGCUCAGGUAGCUACACAUCCGCUGUGUGUAAUUUUUACUGUAAAGCUGUCUAGAAGGAAAUGCGGCCAGCCCCAACCACUAUUUACAUUCCCAGAUAACCAGGAAUCAGAUACAUUUUCAUGGCCUUCUGUUAGCAGCCCUUUUCUCUGUCCUGAUCCCCGGUGUGGGGGAAAUUGGAAAUUACUAGUCUAUUGCAAACCAGUUCCUGACAUAGCAAAAUUUGCUUUCAUAACUGCAGCAAAAGAAAUCAGUUCACCAAGUCAAUGCUGCAUUGUGUGUACUGUAUUAUUUUCAGAAAAUAUAGUAGUCUGAGUCCAAGUUACCUUGAUUUUAAAUUGAUAGAGAAAUGCAAGAAACUGUCAAGCAAGUUAUAUAACAACUAACAACAUUGCACUUUCUGUAUAUGAAAUCAAUAUUUAAAUAACUUAUUUUUCUCCAUUGCUGUUCUUAAACAUUGUAAGUAGCUGUAAUAUACCAGUACCGAUAUGUCCUUGCGAUUGCUUCAGCCCAGGAAAGCUGUGUAUUGUUUUAAAAAUUGUAAAAACUAUUGUGAUGAUUCAUUUAGCAAAGAGAAAGGUGGACAGAAGGGUUUUCCUAUGUAUCAAACUUGUCUAUAAUUAUGUCAUCUUAUGUACCUAGGAAAAAUAAAUAAAUUUCGUCAGUUGACUA